AUGAAGACAUUUGCUCUAUUCUUUGCAAUGCUCAUGACCUUCUCAUGCGUCAUGGCCGUCAACCAAGACGUCGUUCAGACCAUUGAAGGUGUCCUCGUCGGUGCCUUUGCUGAUCACGGAGUUGCUGCUGUUAAAUGUAUCAAUGAUGGAGAAUCCACCUUUGAAGAGAUCGAAGAAUCUGUCAAGGAACUCGCUAAAGGAGGUGUCAAGAACAUCGUCAGCGGACUUUCCCACAUCGGAAAAGCUCUUGAGCAACUCCCAGAUGAAUUCAAGGACUGCGAAGCCGCCACUGAAAUCAUGCAAGAUUUCGAAUAUAUUGCUUCUGAAUUCAAGAAUCCAAAAGAGCUGGUUGUCCAUGUUGGAUACGAAAUCCUUUGGUACGGAAGAUCAAUUUACAAGGAUAUCACCGGAGCUGUUGCUAACUUCCAAGAAGGAAACUUCAAGGACGCUGGUGUAAACGUUGGAGACAUCGUCCAUAUCCUCCUCGUCCAGAAGACUUUGAACAGACCACAAUCUGCCAACCCAGCUGUCGAUGUUGAACAACUUGUUGAAGGACUCCUCAUCGGAGCUUUCGGUGACGAAGCUAAAUCUGCUGUUGAGUGUCUCGAAGAUGGAGAAGAAAUCAUUCUCGAUAUUGAGAAGGCUAUCAAAGAAUUCGAACAGGGAGGACUCACCCACAUCACCCAAGGACUUAAGUUCAUCGGAGAAGCUCUUGAAGAACUUCCAAAAGAAUUUGCUGAGUGCGAAGCUGCUGAAGGAUUGUUCGGUGAAUUUGAACAUAUUGUUGCUGAAUUCAAAAACCCAACCCAACUCGCUGUCCACUUUGCUAAGGAAAUCCUCUGGCACGGAAAAACCAUCACUAAGGAUGUCAAGAAUGCUGAGACCCACUUCAAGGCUGGAGAAUUUGAACCAGCUGGAGAAGAUAUUGGUGCUAUCGUAAAGAUUCUCCUUGUUGACAAGGUUGGAACUUUCAUUAAAAACAAGUUUUAA